CCUGUCUCUGAAGGAAGCUCUGGCCAGGGCAGCUGUGCUGGCUCAUGCUCCCCUCCUCGUGCUGCGUGCCCCCUCCGGCAUGAUGCUGGGGACUCUGGGCCUUUGGGUACCACUUCCCACAGCUGUGCGCGGAUGCCGAGACAGUGAUGAGCCAGACUGUGAGUCCCCCCACUGUGACCUGAGCCCCCGAGCCCACCCCAGCCCCAGGUCCACUCUCUUCACCUGCUCCUGUGGCACUGACUUCUGCAAUGCCAAUUACAGCCAUCUGCCUCCUCCAGGGAGCCCUGGGACUUCUGGCUCCCAGGGUCCACAAGCUGUCCCAGGCGAGUCCAUCUGGAUGGCACUGGUGCUGCUGGGGCUAUUCUUCCUCCUCCUGCUGCUGCUGGGCAGCAUCAUCUUGGCCCUGCUACAGCGAAAGACUUGCAGAGUACAAGGUGGGCCAGAGCCAGAACCAGAGCCAGAACCAGAGCCAGAACCAGAGCCAGACUCAGGCAGGGACUGGAGUGCUGAGCUGCCCGAGCUGCCUGAACUGUGUUUCUCCCAGGUAAUCUGGGAAGGAGGUCACACAGUGGUGUGGGCUGGGCGGCUGCAAGGCAAACUGGUAGCCAUCAAGGCCUUCUCCCGGAGGGCUGUGGCCCAGUUCCAAGCUGAGAGAGCGUUAUACGAACUGCCAGGCCUACGGCACGACCACAUUGUCCGCUUUAUCACCGCCAGCAAAGGGGGCCCUGGCCCCCUGCCCUGUGGGCCCCUGCUGGUACUGGAACUACACCCGAAGGGCUCCCUGUGCCACUACUUGACCCAGCACACCAGUGACUGGGGAAGUUCCAUGCGGAUGGCACUGUCUCUGGCGCAGGGCCUGGCAUUUCUCCAUGAGGAGCGCUGGCAAGAUGGCCAAUAUAAACCAGGUAUCGCCCACCGAGAUUUGAGCAGCCAGAAUGUGCUCAUUCGGGAGGAUGGGUCGUGUGCCAUCGGAGACCUGGGCCUUGCCUUGGUGCUCCCUGGCCUCACCCAGCCUCCCACGUGGGCCCCUACUCAACCCCGAGGCCCAGCUGCCAUCAUGGAGGCUGGCACCCAGAGGUACAUGGCGCCGGAGCUCUUGGACAAGACUCUGGACCUACAGGACUGGGGCACAGCCCUCCGACAAGCCGAUGUGUACUCUCUGGCUCUGCUCCUAUGGGAGAUCCUGAGCCGCUGCCCAGAUUUGUGGCCUGACAGCAGACCACCACCCUUCCAACUGGCCUAUGAGGCAGAACUGGGCAGCACUCCCACCACCUGUGAGCUGUGGGCCUUGGCUGUAGAGGAGAGAAGGCGCCCCUACAUCCCAUCCACCUGGCACUGCUUCACCACAGACCCUGGCGGCCUGAGAGAGCUGCUAGAGGACUGUUGGGAUGCAGACCCAGAAGCGCGGCUGACAGCGGAGUGUGCACAGCGGCGCCUGGCUGCCCUGGCCCGACCGCAGGAGGUCUGCCCCUCCCCAGAGAGCUGUGCCCAUGACUGCCCACCUCUCUGCCCAGAAGACUGCCUCUCAACUCCUCCCCACUGCCGUUCCCCUUUGUAGGCAUCAGCCGAAUGUCUGCUCCUUCAGCAUUCAGCAAGGCCCUUGUUCCGGGAAUCCUCCUGUACCAUGUCUCACCUGUAAAUGUGCAGCUUAUGUAUAAUCUAUGUACAUGUAAACAUAAAUCUGGUGAUCGAAUGCCCAGCUGCUCUGCUUCACCACUCACUACCUUUCCUAUUUGCCGAAUGCCUGGAUCCUUCUGUGGGCAUCCAGUACACUGCAGUCCUGACCAGGGCCUAAGGGGUGGGUGUGCAUAGGAAAGAGGUAAAGUCAGCUUUAUCUCCAUGUCCUUGGGCCUUCCCCACUUCAUGUGAUCCUGGGCUCCUCCUGUCUCUCUUCUUUUCCUUCUCUACCACAAGCCUUCUUUGGGUGGGAUCACAAGGUGGUCAUUGGGGAAAGAUGAAAUUGCUGCUCUGCAGGUGCCCUUGUGGAGGGCCUGCCCAGGGUCCUGAGGCUGAGUGGGAAGGCCUCACAGAGCAUAGGAAGCUUGGGUUUUCAAUGCACAGUUUCCCGGGAGUGGCAGGGGCAGUAGGUGUAGUGUCCCGUGGUGUGGGCCGAAGCUGCAAGGAACCUGGGUAGCGGGAGCAUAGUCUGUGUGGAGGAGAGAGAGGAGAGGUUCUGUGGAGAACUGUAGGCAAGGCCUUGUGAGCCCUACUGAGAAGUUCUUCCUUCAUUUCUUUUUGUUCUUCUCUACUGGCUUUUCUUUCCCACCCCAGGCCCCUUUCAUACUGGGCGCCCCAAAGGGACAUUUCAGUCUGGAUGCCUGGUUUAUAGCCCUAGUUCGUUCGUUCGUUCUUUCUUUCUUUCUUUUUCUUUCUUUUUCUUUCUUUUCUUUUUAGUGUUUUUGUUUGUUUGUUUGUUUUUAAGUAAUAUCUAUACCCAACGUGGGGCUUGAACUCCUGACCUCAAGAUCAAGUCCCAUGCUCAAAGCUAGCCAGGCAUGCCCACCCUCCCCUCCCCGUUUAGUUUCUAACUGAGUGCUCUUGGGGAAGUUACAUUCUCUUUCCAGGCCUCAGGUUUCUCAUCUGCUAAAUCCAGGGGUUGAGGCCUUCUGGUCUAACUCCAGUAGAGCAAUGGGAAGGCUUUGACUUCACUACAACAGGAUUGAUUCCCGGUCAGUGACCAACGAGCCCUGUGUCUUUGAGCAAGUUACUAAACCCUAGGAAUCUGUUUUAUCAUGUAUAAAAUAUGGGUAAAAAUACCUACCCUGUUUGCAGAGUUUAUUCAGGGUAAACAAGAAAUGGUGACAGGUCUGGUGCAGCACCUGGCCUCAGUGGACACUCUGUAAAUGGGAACAGUUGUGACUGAACAUUGAGAUGAUCUCUUGUCCCUUUCCAUGUUGGUUGUUCCAGCAUUAGCCUCUGCAGAGCCUGUCCACUCUCAAGCCCUGAGACUUCACUUUCCUUCAGAACUCUAAUUUUUUACAAGACAUCAUCACGGGAACGCCUGAAACUAAACACAUCGAAAUCCAAGCUCCUGCCUUCACCGAGAGGCCUGCCUUACCCUCUUCCCUGGCUCUCAAAAGCACCAAGUCCCUCUCUCUCUCUCUCUCUUUUGGUAGUCUCUACACCCAACGUGGGGUUCAAACU